AUGGCAAUAACUGCAGCAGCAACAUCAGCAGGGGAGACAGCGGCAAACGAGCUAAACAAGUAUUGCUGCUGUGCCGAGAAGCAGCAGCAACGGCAGCAGCAACAGCAACGACGGCAGCAACAUCAGCAGAUAAAAGGCAGACAAAAGGCACGAGAUGUGAGAGACGUCUAGGGUUGCUGUUGCGCCGCUGCCCCUGCUGCAUGGGAAUUGAAUUCCAUUCAAAAGACGGCAGCAGGCUGUUUGUCAUACUUGCAACAGC